GAAACCCCAUCUCUGCAUUUGACAACGCCCAUUGAUUUCAUCAACGUCAAUAGAUUAAUCCCUUCUCUUCUUCCCCACACCACACACGGGCAGGGCUUCUAGCAUGGAGACUGAGGUUACGCCUACGCCACUAGUAUAAGAACCCCAGCUCCCCCUUGGGGCCGAGGCAGAGCAGAGCAGGAGCUAGACUAGAGAGAACAUCUUUAGUGCUGUACUAUUUUGUGAGGAGGAGAGAGAAUGAUGGAGGUGGCAGUGGAGAGCCCGCAGCCAGCGGCGUGGGACCACUUCAAGGAGAAGGUGGAGAUCAUGGAGGAGGAGAACGGUGGUGCUUCCGCAGCCGCAGCCGCAGCCGCCGCCGCCGCUGCUGCAGGGGAGCUGCUGACCAGGGAGAUCAAGAAGAGGUUGCUGAACCACGCCCAUGAGAAUGGGAAUGGCCAUGGCCAUGUCAAUGGAGGAGGACCAGAGGAGCUCAAGGUUGUUCCCGAGGAGGAGGACAAGGUGGAGGAGGCUCCUGAAGAGCCCAAGGUUGCUGAAGAGGAGCAGAAGUCGCACCUGCAGCAGACUAUCUUCUUCGAUGCAGCCAAAGGACUUUGGAAGUGCGGGCACUGCGAUUGGACGUACCGCUUGGCUAGUCCGUGCGGAAAUGGUACCGUAGAUCAUCGAGGCUUAAUGAAACCAGAGCAUUUGGCAGUUGAAUCAUAUUCGGAGAACCAAGCUGCUGAAGAUCCAGUGAUCAUGCCACUGCAGUCCGAGAUGCAGAACUCCAACGAUACAACCACUAAAAUUGAAUCUCGCACAUAUGCUCAUCAUAGUCAUGGCACAGUUGUAAAACCAGUGCAUUCGAUAACCGAAUCAUCGUCGGAAGAUCAGAACACGACAACCACCACAACUACAACCGCAUCGGCAACAGCGACCACAUCCUCUACAACCACAUCAGCAGAAGCGACAACUCACUCAUCGUCUUCUACAGGAAUCUUUCACACAGAAGUAAUUGAAUGGAUGACAGAUGGCAUGCCUCCCCUCAAGCCUGCCGAUGGAGUUAUCAUGGAUGCAACUCACCACCUACAUGGACAUGAAGAUGUUCAUGGAACUACGACGACAACGUUCGAGAAUGGCUCAUUUACCACUCAUGUAAGUCACACAACAGAACUCAAGGUCGAUUGCCCGAAUGUGACCACUACCACGAGGGGCAAUUUACCAACGUCGCCGAUUCCUCAAGCAGAAGAUCAACCUUAUGUAGCAGUGUCAGUCCCUGAAGAUGUGAAUCCUGCUGCUCCUAGCCCCCAACAGAGUGAUGACUGGGAUAUACCAAAAGCCAUAGUGUAUGGUGGCUUAGUGGAGUCAGUCACCAGCCUCUCCGUUGUUUCAGCAGCAGCAUCAAGUGGAGCAAAAACAUUGGACAUAUUCAUCUUGGGCAUAGCCAACCUUAUGGGAGGGCUUCCUCUCAUUUUCCACAAUAUUGCCGAUCUAAGAGACAUUCGAGAUGUGAAUGAGGACAACGAACGCGUCGGCCACUACUGGUUGCAGCUCGGAAGGCGGUCGAAAGCCCGACUCCACAUGAUCCUGGCCCUGCUCUCAUACAUCGUGUUCGGGCUACUUCCACCAAUCCUCUACGGUCUGUCAUUCCGUGAGAGCAAUGACAGGGAGAACAAGAUGAUGGCCGUCGCCGGUGCUUCACUCGCCUGCAUCGCUCUGCUAGCACUUGGAAAGGCGCAUGUCAAGGAAGCACCCAGGACAUACUUCAAGACCCUAAUGUACUACCUGACAGUCGCUGUGAGCUCGUCGGGGCUGUCGUACGUCGCCGGCGUGCUGAUCACGCGGCUCCUGGUGCACUUUGAAAUUAUCGAGCAAGGUGGGUCGGCUGCUCCUCCUUCUCUGGGCCUGUCACUCCCUCAUUCUGUGGGUGCACAAACAUCUGCCUGGGCCUCAUUCUGAAUUCUGAACUCUGAAGUUAUUGGGAAACAGUGCUAAAAAAGAGAAGACAUGUAUGAGUGGCAUUGGUGUUUAAUCCUGACAUAUUGAUAGCAGAAGUGAACUGGCAACCAGGCAACUGAGAAAGACCAAUUGAAAUGAACACAGGCCACUUAGUUGACCACACCAAACCGAGAAAAGCAAACACCCUCGAAAGAGUUGUUAGUACCCGGUGGUUCCACAGCAGUGCUUUUGUGUGUGUAUUGUGUAAAAAAACCUAGAUUGCGAAUAAAAAUCAUUUGAUUUUCGGUGUA